AUGAGUAAAAUCGACAAUUCAGUAAAGCAUGAUUAUGAAUUAAGGCGUUUGCAAUUCAACAACGGCGCUACUGACCAGAUUCAGCAUGCUACCGGUUGCGCUACUCCCUAUUCCAAGCAGGAAGCUCCCGUCAAAAACGUCAAACGUGAGGAAACUCAAGAUAAAGGCACACCAGGCACGAGUCAAGACGUUUUAGAUGAGUUGGAUACGUCUGAUUCUAACGACAACCUUGAAACCAACGUCAAACAAGAAGAGGUACCCAACCCCAAAGUUGUAUUUGACAACUGCACUUCAAAUUCGAGCAAAUCCAUCUUCAUCAUCAAGAGGCCAGGGAAGCGAUCCGUCAGACAGAAUCAGCUGGAACCAGACAUCAACGAUCCCAAUUUUCAUUGCCGUUCAUGCAAAGAUACGUUUAAAGAUAGAAACAGAUAUCGAAAACACUUGAAACGCCUGCACAAAAUGAAACUGAAAUCAUUGCACUCUCCCAAAGACCCUAAUGUUUUGCCCGACUAUCAUGAUCCGAAUCUUUAUUGCAAAUCAUGCGAUCGUACCUACAAGUCCAGACUCUCAUAUAGAGUACACUGCAGAAACGUUCAUAACCUGAAGGCGCCCGAAAGACCAGCAGGAGUCCCAGAUGUCAAUGAUCCCAACAAUUAUUGCAAAAUAUGCAACCAUAGUUACAAGAGUAAAUAUGGAUACACUACACAUUGCUUGAUGAUGCAUAACGUGAAGCCUACAGAAAUCCAGUCUACAAAGUCAUUUGCCAAUCCGGAAGCUACACCAGACAUCAACAAUGCCGACAAUUACUGCUCAAUGUGUGAUAGGACCUUCUGUCGCCGUGCUUCUUUCAGAAACCAUCUCUUCAACACGCAUCGCAUUGUUCCUCCACCUCCAAAGAUCAGCGCUGUUGAGCCAGACGUCAAUAAUCCUAACAAUUAUUGCCGUUCUUGCGAUAAAACCUUAUCCACAAACCACGAAUACAGAAGACAUCUAUCAGCAGUACAUUCCAUCGGCAGAGCACCUCAUACUGAAGACCACAUAGAUCCGGAUGUUGAUGAUCCCAACCAUUAUUGCCGUGUAUGUCAACACACUUACAGCUCAAAACCAGUAUACCAAAGGCACCUACAGGGAGUGCAUCGCCUAGUGAUACCAAUUCAAAAACGUCCUAGCGAGCUUCCUGAUCCCUAUGAUACCAACUUUUACUGUAGAGUUUGCAAAAGCAGCAAGAAAUCAUUAUCCAAAUAUCGCGAGCAUUGUAUACGUGUUCAUCGUAUGGUGUUGAACCGUUUCACUAUUUCGGAUCCUACUGCAACUAUUGACAUCAAUGAUCCAGAGUUUAAUUGCGCACAGUGUCAACACCGAUAUUCAUGCAAGCGUUCCUUUGUAUUGCAUCUACAAACUGUUCAUGCCUUGAAUGCCAGUCUGUAA